GCAGAUAUGUGGAAGUUAGUAAGUGUGACCUUGGUCCUCCUCUUAUAUGUAAAAGAUUCCCUUCCUCAACUAAAUGUAUGUGGUAAUGCAUCUUUAAACAAUAGAAUUGUGGGUGGGCAGGAUGUCCUUCCAGGGGCUUGGCCAUGGCAGGUUAGUUUAUACAGCACAGCUUUUGGUCAGCAUUUCUGUGGAGGAUCCCUUAUCACAAAAGACUGGGUAAUGACAGCAGCACACUGUUUCACCAGCGUUAACUUUCGUGACAUGCUGGUGUACUUGGGGAAACAGACUCAACAUGGCUAUAAUCCCAGACAGAUCUCUAGGCGUGUUACACAAGUGGUUUGCCACCCCAACUACAAGAGCAACACUAAUGACAAUGACAUCACCUUGUUGCAGCUGAAUGAAUCCGUCUCUUUCACAAACUACAUCAGGCCUGUGUGUCUGGCUGCUCAGGGCAGCAACUUCCGUGCCGGCACUUUAAGUUGGAUCACAGGGUGGGGGAACAUACCCUCUGGAGAAGAACUGCCUUUUCCUGGUGUAUUGCAGGAAGUAGCAUUGCCUAUUGUUGACAGGAAGCAGUGUGAAAAUCUAGUGGGAGCUGGACUAAUUACCAAAAAUAUGAUUUGUGCUGGCUUACUGAAAGGAGGCAAGGAUUCCUGUCAGGGGGACUCUGGAGGUCCAAUGGUGAGCAAACAAGGUACAGUCUGGAUUCAGUCUGGAAUCACUAGCUGGGGGGAAGGCUGUGCCCAGCCCAGAUCACCUGGUGUGUACACUCAGGUGUCACAGUACCAAAACUGGAUAUCCACUAUUCUCAAAAAAAAUCCUCCUGGCUUCAUCAAAUUUAACCCUGCCACAUAAGACAGAGUAAUACAUUUACAUGUCAACAAGUAUAAAACCUUGAAUAAAGUGACUAAGCAUUGAGAGAUCCCAACA